GGGUGUAGAGCCUCAGUUGGAGGCUCCCAGCCAGAAGCUCUGGUCAAAUCAAAAUAAAUAAUAGCGGAUUGUCCAGCUUUUAUCCCGCCAACCUCAUCGGUGAUGUGUCUUCUGCUUUCUUUCGGCUGCUGUGGCUGCUCUUCGCCAAAGCCCACGCCCAAGAAAAAGCGCUCCAAGCAAAGCAAAGACAACAAGCCGACGGAGCAUUACUAUUCCACCGACAUCCAGAUGCAGGAAUUCACUCGAUCCGAAUACCAACUGACCGGGGAUCAAAUGCCAAACGGAUCCUUGGCCUCACUACCGAGCAUGAGCCCCAGCCUGAUGGCCCUGCCCCACCGGAUUCCCACGUCCACCACCUUGAGUUCGUGGGCCUGCGAGGAGGAGCUCUACGACAUGGACGAGUACGAGGAGCGAACGCCCACCAAGUGGACCGCCUGGUGGCUGCAAGGAGCCUCCUCCAGUGAUCAGAUCCUGGCACCGCACUCCUCAAUUUUUACUUAGUUUGGUGGUCGAAUAGAUGGGUCUAACAAUGGGUUUCCUAAGCAAUGGCUAAAUAAAACUUUAAAGUUUUAAAAUA